ACUGCGCCAACGGGAUUGGUCUAGUCAUCUAAGAGACCAAGCCAAUGACGGUAUGAUUGUAGAGGUUAAAAGUUGUAAAGAAUUUUAAAUACAGUUGUUGCAAUAAUGGGCAAUUCACAUAAUAAAAAUGCUCCGAAGAAAAGAACUACAAAGGUACCUUACGUCAACCUACCUGCGCCAUUUAUGACUGAAGAGGAAUUCUUCAAAAAUUGGAAUACUUGGAAAAAUAAUUUUCUUGCAUUUAAAAGAGAGCAGAAUAAAAACAAUUCUGACAAGCAACAAUGGGGAAACCUAUUAUUAAAUUUAAUGGGUCCAGUUGGACAAGAUAUUCAUAAUACAUUUGUAUUCAAUUUUCCAAAUGACAAAGAAAAUAUAGAUAUAUUAAUAGAAAAAUUUGAAGAAUAUUACAUAUUUUCAGGAAGAAAGAAGAUACCUUUAGAAAGUGUUUAUAAAUAUAUAGAAGACCUACAGUUGAUAAUCAAAGAAAAAAAUAUUGAAAAUGAAGAAGAAUUAAUAAAAAAGAAAAUUUUAACAGAAAUUAAUGAACAUCAAUUUACAAAUGCUGCUAAACAAUUAAUUCCAACAUUUAUAUUUUCUCCUGAUUUCAACAAGUUAACAUUAAAGGAAAUCGCAUUUAUUUGGAAAUCAUACACUAAUAUCAUCAGUUGUUUAUGUUGUGGUGGUAAUCAUUCUGAAAAAUGUCCAGCAUUGGGAAAACAAUGUGUAAAAUGUAACAAAUUGAAUCAUUUCCCAAGACGAUGUCCAAAGCUUUUCAUUUACAAUUGCAAUUAUUGUGGAGGUGAUCAUAUGCGUAAGAAGUGCCCAGCUUUUAAUGAAAUUUGCACAAAAUGCCAGAAAUUAAAUCAUUUUAAGUGGAAAUGCCAUCUUGUUCAAAUUGCACAAUGUCGCUUUUGUGGUUUAAGCCAUGCUGCAUCUAGAUCACUUUGUCCAGCAAAAGAUAAUGUUUGCUCUAUUUGCAAACAAAUAGGGCAUGUUCCUUCAAAAUGUAAUAAGAAAUUUUAUACACAUAGACAUUAGAAUGGCAAUACUCUUUCAUAUAAUUGAAUUGAAGAAUGGUUUCCUAUACUUAUUAUGCAUACAAAAUAUUAAGUAAAUAUUAAACACUAAAAGCACAUUAAUCAAAGUAUCUGUUCAUAACAAUUUAUUAACAAUUUUAUACAUACUUUAAUACAUAAGAAACUAUAAUAUACUUUUUGUUAUAAGUAUAUAUUUAUGUAUGUUCACAACUGAUUUUGAAAUAAUAUAUUUUUUCAAAUGUUUA